AUGAAAAAUUCUUGUGUCGAAUUGAAUGAUAUACCAGACGAAAUUCUUUUAAUAAUUUUCAAAAAACUGAACAAUCUUGAAGUUCUUUAUUCCUUUCAAGGUGUCAAUGAGCGACUAAAUAAAAUAAUACAUGAUCCAAUAUUUACAAGUCGUUUAAACUUUCUCCAAUGGUCAUCUAAUAAAUUUAUCAAUAAAUUUUCUUCUGAUGUCAUACUUAAUCGAUUUUGUUUACAAAUUCUACCUGAAAUUUGUAUGAAAAUCAAAUGGUUAGAUCUUGAAUCAUCAUCUAUGAAACAUAUUUUAUGUGCUGCAGAUUAUCCGAAUUUAUAUGGACUCGGUCUAUAUAAUAUUGAAGAAGAAGCAGCUAGAUGUCUUUUUACUGAUGAAAGUGCUUCAUCUAGUAUUUAUAAAAAUCAAAUUACAACACUGAUUAUUGAAAUUAAUCCAAAUUAUAAUAAACUGUGGACAAUGGAAUAUAUAUGCAAUCAUAUCUUUUCUGUGUUUCUGAAUUUAACUCAUUUAAUAUUUUAUGAAUCAUCAUAUAAUAAUAUUGUUCGAUUAUUAUUUGAUUUUCCAUCUCCCAAGUUAUCGUCUUCAACUCUUUUGGUAUUAAAUAUCAAGGUUCAAAGCUUUUAUAUCUGUCUUUAUCUUCUUGAUGGUCGUUUUAAUCAACUUCAUACACUCUAUAUUGAAUUGACUCAUAUAUUUCGUCCAGACGAAGAAAUUGAAAAUCAAAUAAAAAUACCGAAUCUUAAGUGUUUUUCUUUAUCAUGUGUUUUGGAAACGACAUAUUACGAUGAAUUAAUUUUACCACUUCUUUAUCGAAUGUCAAAUUUAGAAAAACUUGGUUUAUAUCUUUCGAUCUUUGUCUAUGAAAGAUUUAUUGAUGGAAAUAAUUUGAAAAAAAAUAUUCUUAAUCAUAUGUCACAAUUAAAUCAAUUUUCAUUUCAUAUUCAUUCCCGAAUGUUUAUUAAUAAUGAAAUGAAUUUGCCAUCAAAACAAGACAUUCAACAGACAUUCAGAGAUUUUAAAGAUAAUCAAAUUAUUUCUUAUGUUGAUUAUUUUCCAGAACGAAAAAAAGGUCAAUGUAAUAUUUAUUCAUAUCCAUUUCUAAUGAAAUAUUAUGAAGAUAUAACAAAUAAUUUUCCAGGUGGAUUAUAUCCAUAUGUUCGUGUAGUAUCAUUAUAUGAUGAAUAUCCUUUUGAACAUGAAUUUUUUAUUCGAAUUUCUCAAUCAUUUCCAUUUAUGGAAAAAUUAACUUUGAUUAAUCGUCAUGCACAAAAUUACAAACAAUCUUAUAAAACAAUUAAUGAUAAUCAGAAUUUAUCAAUUGCUAAAUAUUUUUAUCUUACUGAACUUGAUAUUGAACAAGUUCAUGAUGAUUAUAUCGAAGAAUUUUUAUUUAAUACAAAAACAUAUUUACAAAAUAAUAUUCUUCUUAGUAUCGAUUGUAAAUCAUUAGAAAGAGUAACACAUAGUUUUACAAGAGAUGAUACAAGAAUUAAUUGUACCAAAAUAAAUGAAAUAUAUUUAUUCAGCGAUGUGAAAUAUUCGAAAUUUUUACACAAUUAUUUUCCUUUUGCAAAAAUACAUUGA